AUGAACCUUACGUGUGGCAGUGUUGGAAAGACGUCGCUGAUGAACCAAUAUGUGCACAAAAAGUUCACGCAGCAGUAUAAGGUCACCAUUGGCGUUGAUUUUGUCACCAAGGAAAUUCUAGUUGAUGACAGACUCGUUACCUUGCAGAUUUGGGAUACUGCAGGACAAGAAAGAUUCCAGAGUCUUGGUGUUGCAUUCUACAGAGGAGUUGACUGCUGCGUCUUGGUCUAUGAUGUUAAUGUCCGAAGAUCAUUUGACACUCUUGAUAAUUGGCAUGAUGAAUUUCUUAAUCAGGUCCAUAGUAUUAUCUCUUUGGCUUUCUAGCCU